AUGGAACAAAGCGCGUGGAACAACCUCCCCGAGGCCUCGUUAGAGAGUGGUCACAGCGACGACGAGAAAAAUGACAAGAUACUGGAGAUAGACACGUGGAAGCCUCACGACCGAGCAGCUCCCAACUCCCACUAUUUCUCAGCAUGGAAGAAUAAUGACUUAGGACAGGAGCAUUCAAAGAGAGUCUCACAGUGCACCCAAGCAGAGGACAACGGCUGCGAUCCUUGGAAUAUCAAUAUGGACACUGUCUCAGAAAAGGGCUCUGCAUAUAGCAACACAUAUAUCGAGUCUGGUCUUGUAAAGAGGCAAGGGACUACCAGAAACCACACCGUAGGGCCUAACGAUGAAUCUCUUUUCCAUGAAUAUGCUCCACCGUAUUGUGGACAGACAGCUCUGAUGCAAGCGUGUCGAUACGGGCACUGGGAAGUUGUUCAAACUCUUCUUCUCUUUAGAUGCAAUGUUACUAGAGCAGAUUAUCUUAGUGGAAGGACUGCUCUCCAUUUUGCAGCAGUCAAUGGACACACGCGAUGCGUGAGAUUGGUGCUUAGUGAUUUUGUGCCAAGUGCUCCAUUCGAGCCUCCGAAUGCCCAAACAGUUAGUGAUGGAAGCGAUGGUUCUAAUAAUAAAACCAGUGCUCUCUCUAAGUUUGUAAACAAGGCUGCAGAUGGUGGCAUUACUGCUCUUCACAUGGCGGCAUUGAAUGGAUAUUUUGACUGCGUUCAGCUCCUACUUGACCUUCACGCCAGUGUAUCAGCUGUGACAUUUCAUUACGGAACAUCGAUGGAUUUGAUAGGUGCUGGGAGCACUCCUUUGCACUAUGCUGCGUGCGGAGGAAAUUUAAAGUGUUGCCAGAUCCUUAUUGCUCAAGGUGCUAGUCGUUUGUCGCUAAAUUGCAAUGGAUGGCUUCCCAUUGACGUCGCAAGGAUGUGGGGGCGUCUUUGGCUUGAACCACUGCUGGCUCCUAAUUCUGAUUUGCCUCUCCCAACAUUUCCACAUUCUAAUUAUUUAUCACUGCCACUUCUGAGUGUCCUAAAUAUAGCUAGAGACUAUGGGUUGCAGUCCUCUGCUACCGGGUCAGAUGAUGCAGAUAUGUGCGCAGUUUGCCUCGAGAGAGCUUGUAGCGUGGCUGCUGAAGGAUGUGCACAUCAACUGUGUGUAAGAUGUGCUCUCUACCUUUGCUCAACCAACAUUCCUUCAGAAUCUUCAAUACCUCUCGGUUCCAUUCCUUGCCCGUUUUGCCGGCACAGCAUUCUGUGUUUCGGCAAACUACCCGGCUCUUCAUCUAAAGACAUAAAACUACCCUUAUCACUCGGCUUAUGCACCCCCUGCAUGCUCCAUCCAAGAGAACGCGAGCAGGACACCGCAUCGGAGGCUGCUGGCUCACCAGAUACGAGAAAGAAUCAUGUCGCCUCCGUCUCAUCAGAUAUGUUCUGCCCAGUCACUUGCAGUCCGUUUCCUUCCGUGACUAUCCCAAUGUGCACAUGCAGCGAAGGCCCUUGUCCCGAUUUUGAGUCCGGAGAAAGGGAACCUCCACAGGAGCCUCCACAGCCCGAACCAAGCGAACAGGAGAAGCUAGAGGGGAUGAGGUCGGAGAAAACGACGUGCUCAAAUAUGUUCUGGGGGAGAAGAAGCUGUAGCAGGGAGCAUCAAUGCAAUGCAGAGAUCAAUGCAUGAAUAAUGCUUUGAGUUGGUAAAUAAAUAUUAUUUGCUAUUGUGGUGGAUUUUGAUUCUUGAGAUUGAGAUUAGGCCUUAGUUUUUUGGUUUGUUUCACUUGUAUUUGUGGUUGGGAGACAGUGUAUUAGGAUUGUAAAGAAAUUUGGUAGAUCAGAAUAGGAUUGAGUUAUUGUGAUUGGCUUUUCUGUCACAAGUACCAAAAAACUUCCAGUUGUGAAAACAAAGCUAAUUUGUCUAAUAUCCUUUUCAUAUCC